CUUUUUUGGCAGCUUGGAUACACAUCGGUAUCAGAUGCAGCGCCAUGCGCGGAAGUUGAAGGGGAGGGUCUUUGCACGGUAAGCCUUUUAUGUCCUCCUUGAAUCGAAGCAUCUCUUACUGACCGUGUUCAAGUGAGUCUUCGACCUGAUGAUAGGUCCCAGUGUCCACCCCCGAAUCAAGCUGAUUCCCUGUCUAGCUAAAUAUCGCCUGGCGCCGCAAUUCCCCUUUCCUUGUGGAAUGCAGGAUUCACUGGCAGCCUACCUGUUCUUGUUAAAAGAGCAUAAGCCCGAGGAAAUCCUCUUCGCCGGUGACUCUGCCGGAGGAGGUCUGGUUCUCUCGUAAGUUUGAGGUCCGGUCAAUCCUGCAAGCUGCAGCUAACGGCCGAAGUAUGCUGGUUCUCCUACGCGACCAAGGGCUUCCUCUGCCGGCGGGGGCUAUCUUGAUUUCACCCUGGGUGGACUUGACCCAUUCAUUCCCUAGCAUCGUCAAAGACAACCCCGGAGACUAUAUUCCUCCGUACGGCUUCAUGCACAAGCCGUCUCCGGCGUGGCCGCCCCCUAACGCAGAUGAGCUUGCUUCUCUAAAGAAAGCACUCAAGGUGAACCCGGCUAAGCCCAGCCAUGCUGUCCCCGAGCAAAGUAGUCGGGACGAAGAGACGGCGGAAAGGGGCUACUCGAUGCACAAGAGCAGCUCUUCCGAAGCCGAGCGCACGAACUCGGAUCGCCAGUCCACCGAGAUUCAUAACGAGAAGAUCAGUAUCCCGAUUGACGGAGAAACGGUCGAGAUCAAGGACCAGAUUCACAUGUAUGCGACCAACGACUUUCUGACCCACCCACUCGUGUCCCCUAUCUUCCAGUCUUCUCUCGGAGGACUGCCUCCACUGCUGAUUCAGAGUGGAGGCGGCGAGAUGCUGAGGGAUGAGCAAUUCUACGUGGCCCACAAGGCGGCCAACCCGGCCGCGUACCCGCCUGGCGAUGCUUUUCUCGACGAGCAUGACCCCAACAGGGAAACCCUUCACAAGUAUCAGGGAACCUACGUUCAACUCCAGGUCUGGGACGACCUAUGUCAUGUGGCGCCGACUCUCAGCUUCACCCAUCCGGCAAAAUACAUGUAUCGGGCGAUUGCGCAAUUUGGCGCCUGGGCUCUUGCAUGCGCGCAAGACACCGAGGUCGAGAUUGUUGACGACCACGGUGUAUCCAGCGACACUGAUAGCAGCGAGGACCCAACAAAGAGAGAAUCGGAGAAUUCUCACACCCCUGUCGACUGCAUUGGCAAGGCCGGGGACCCCUUACCCGCGUUCAAGGACCGCAUGAUCCGGCAGCGAGUGGAUAAGAAGGGCAACGUAUACCCUUUGGAUCCCCCAUCGGCGUGCUCCGUGCUCCAAAUCCCCCCAUCCAAAGUGGGAGUAUUCAACCCUGUGCUCGUGCGCAAGUGGCUGUCUGCGAAGAAGGAAUGGGAUACCAGAUUCGCUAAGGAGAAGCUCCGUGUUCAACGACAGCGCAUGAAGGAGCUGGCGUAUGGACUCCAGAAUUUCCAAGGCGAGCUGCCACCGCCGAGCUCCCUUGCUGCCCGGCGCACCGUCCCGCGCGUGUUGCCAUCCAGGACUGGCGGCAAGAGCUACCCAAUGACUAUGUGGAGUAAGAUGGCCAGCAAGCAUGACGAGCGCACCGUCGUCAAAGAACAGUUGAAGGGCGACCGGUCCACACGGACGAGCGUCGAUGCCGGCCAAGCGGGAGCGUCGAUGAAGGCAGAGGCUGCGCAACAGACGGACGAGAACGCGUCCGCCACCCAGCGCGCCGCCGCCGUGACUGGCGCCUCCGUGCAGGACUUCUCCAACAAACCCCAGUCGAAUGGCUUGAGCAAUGGGGGUGGCUCGUCGGGAACAAAGGUCCCAUCCGAGGUAGAUGAUGAUACGCGCGAUCAAUCAGCGAACUCACACACCAAAGCCCCUUCGCUUGAGAGCUUCACUCCCAUGCUCGUCCUGCCGGGGUAUGAGGGAAAGAACUUCGAAGAAGAGAACGCCAGCACCCGCGCGCUCUUCCAUGAAGCGGGCGCUAUUCCGAACACAGGCGACUCUCACUGGGCUUCACGACUGCGACACCGGGCCUCGUCCAAUGCCGGGUCGGGCACCAUCCGCAGUGGGCUCACGACCGAGCCGCCGGAGGAUACGAGCACAAUCGGCGACGAGAAGUCUCUGGCCGUGACCACGACGAACGGACUCGAUGCAGCGAGUACCCGUGCUGUGCUCAAUGCCAAGGGAGUGCUGGGCAUGGCUAGCGAUAACGAAUCUGCGUAUCGCUCGUUCGAGGCUCUGCCAAGUGAGCUUGGGGAUGGUGAGGUCGGUACCCCGGGCCUGGGUCCUGAUGGUCACGAGGCAGAGUCGACGCCGCGGCCUGGCUUGCCUGACCGAGAGUAUUUCAAGACGGCGGAGGAGUACGUUGCGCACUGAGGGUCGAUGCCAUUGUAUUGUACAGGUGAUGUCUCCCCUUCACAAGAUGUAUAUAGGCAUGACCAGUGUUCAUUUUCUUUGGUUCCUUGGGAGGUCUGUUGGUUGUUAUACCCAGCUUUACAUAGUCGCACUUUAGUAUUGGUUUUUUGUUCAAGACGCAGCCAAUUCCAUCUAUAUCCAGCAUUACUACCAAUCAACUCAAACGAUUCGAAG